AUGGCUCCGACAACAAAAGGCUCGAGAACGGCCAUUAAGGGCCACAUAACAAAAACAAUCAACCUAAUCAAUGGGUUGAAAACUGUGAUGACGCAAGAAGAGCUCAGCAACCUAGAAGUCCUGGAAACUAAGCUUAAAGGAUGCUACGAAGCCUACAAAGGGUACUCAACAGCAAUCCAAGACGAACUCAAUGAAGCGGAUGCAGCUCAGGCGGAAUACGACGCCGAAACUGACAUCACGUACCAAACACAAGAUGAGGCAACCAUAACCCGCGACAUAAUCACACAAGUGAUUGCAGCCAUACCUACGCCUCAAGCGCCAGUGGUUAACGUAACCGCAGCAGCUCCACCACAAUCGACACAUUCGAUGAGGCUACCAAAAAGGCAAAUUAAACAUUUCAAAGGGGACAUUUUAGAAUGGACCCAAUUCUGGGAAUCGUUUAAUGCGGCGAUUCAUUCCUCAACCCUUACCAACGUUCAAAAGUUUGACUAUCUCAAAGAGUAUUUGAAAGGCGAAGCUAACUUAAUUGUUAAUAAUCUUGAAUUAACAGAUGCUAACUACCAGGUAGCCAUCGACGAGUUAACAAGAAGAUAUGGCAAAAAACAGGUUAUGAUCGACGCUCACUUCAACAAACUGCAUACCUUGCAGCCAGUGAAAGACGGAAAUGAUGUGCCAGCCCUCAGGAGUUUUCAGCUGAAUCUCCAAUCGCACAUCAGUGCCUUGGAGACAUUAGGAGUCCCAACGUCUUCUUUCGGGGGACUCCUCGGUACUCAACUAAUCAAAUUAAUUCCUUCAAGUUUACAGCUAGAAUGGGCAAAAUCAGAGUCCAACAAAUCAACGGACAUUGAAGGAGUAAUAAAGUUCAUCGGCGACCAAAUCGAUGCAGCCGAAAGAUUCAACAGGAUUAGAGGAGUAGAAAAGGAAAAACCAUCUCCAGCUUCUAAACAACCAAAGCCUUUCAGCCCACCUCUAGCAACAGCGUCCCAACUGGCCGUUGGCGCUAAAUCAAAGCCAGCUCCACAGUUCAAACCAACUUUAACAUCUAAAAGUAUGCGUGAAUUGUUUCGGAGGGAAGCACGAGGUCAAGGAUUGCACAUCCCCCGGAACUGCAACAAAUGUGGAGGGAGACACCAUUCCGCCCUCUGCGAUAAAGGAGACAUCAGAGUCUCCAAACCAUCAAAAUCGGCAAGCAUCGUGGCCAGCAACUCCAUCUCGGCCACUACAGCCUGCGCAAGUACGUUCGGGCAGUUAAUGUUAAAAACGGCAACAGUGAUUGUCAAUGGACCAGACGGCAACGAAACUAGAGCAAUUUUAUUUGCUGACGACGGAAGUCAUCGAUCAUGGGUGCUAAAAUCGCUCUCAUCACAACUCAAAUUGAAAACAGUAGCGGUAGAAAAUAUCAGCACGAGAGUGUUCAAGAAAAAGGAAGCUAGCCAACCCGAAAUGACAAAAACCGUUGAAAUGCAAGUAAGGGGCACCUGGAAAGGCGCCCCAAAAAUUACAUUAAUCGCUUUAGAAUCAGACCACAUUGCAGAUACUGGCCCUUACAUAGGAUCCGAAUUUGCAAGGAGCCUCUGGAUCCAAAACGAAAAAAUGGCUGACGACAGAUUUGAAAUGGCACAUGAGGAAGAAGACCCAAUUGGGAUUCUGGUUGGAAUGGACCAAAUGUUCCAAAUCAUGUCAAAUGAAGCAGCAAUUCAGAGUCCGUGCGGUCUACGCGCAUUCAAAACGAAGCUGGGAAGAAUGAUAGCCGGUCCCUCACAAGAAACUAAUUCUAAGACAGGCAAUCAAAUAAUCCAGCACCUAAUUUUAACAUCUAAUUAUCCAGUGCCGCAGAUAACGUCAUCAUUCGCAACAAGCAGCCGAAUCGAAAGGAAAGAAAAUCCACAACCAGGAACAUCAUUUUCAGAUGCACCAACCGGAUCCUGCGGAGAAACAGACACCAAACGGGUUGAACACGACGAAAUAACGGCAACCAAUUUCGACCUUUCCCACUUUUGGAAAAUAGAAAAUUUUGCGAACCUAGAAGGCGCUGAAGCAGUGGAGUCAGAGGAUCGUUUCGACUCCUUCGACGAGAAAAUAACAAGAUGGCCAGACGGAAGAUACUGUACACCAAUACCUUGGUCAACAGAUAAAUGGAGACUCCAGAAAAACCUACCGUUGGCCACUGGAAGAGUAGAAAGCACAAUAAGCAGAUUGAGAAAAAAUCCAGGAGACUUGGUGAAUUAUCACCAAGAGAUCCAAAAACUGAUCGAUAGCAAAUUCGUGGAAGAAGCAAAUAUGGACUACGACCAGCCCCAUACUUACCUUCCACAUCAUCCGGUCUUCAGAGUCGACAAAACAACAACGAAAAUAAGACCCGUUUUCGAUGGAGCGGCAAAGACGAAAUUUGGUCCUAGUCUAAACGACGUGCUGGAGACCGGACCGAACCUUAAUCCCGAUCUCCUAUCGGUAUUAAUGCGAUUUCGAAAGUGUAAGAUCGCCUGGAUUGCGGACAUUGAAAAAGCCUUUCUCAACAUCGCCCUACAGCCUGAAGACGCGGAGGCAAUCAGGUUUUUAUGGCCCAAGGAUCCAGCAGUAGCUGGAUCCCCGCUCAAAGCUUACAAGUGGAAAAGGGUGCCCUUCGGCCUUAGUCCUAGCCCCUUCCUGCUACGUGUAACCAUAAACAAACAUCUUAAAUCACUAAAAUCUCGUUUUCCAGAAACAAUAGAGCAGCUGGAAAAGAAUCUAUACGUAGACGACUACCUUGGCGGAGCGAACGACGUGACAAUCGCCAAACAAAGAGUCGAUGAAACCGACGAGAUUUUCAGCGACGCCCAACUCAACAUGAGAAGCUGGGCAACGAACAGUGACGAGCUAAGACAACACUUGAAGGAGAAAGGGCUGUCGAACCAAGUCGUCGGCCUACUCUCCCCAGCGUUGGACGGACAACAAAAGGUGCUAGGAAUCCGGUGGGACACCGGAUCCGACUCCUUUCAAUUCGACCCAACAGCUAUAAUUCAAGCAGUAGAGGAAGUAGGAACCGAGAUCACAAAAAGGAAAAUUCUUAGCAUCUCGGCAAGGAUUUUCGAUCCAAUCGGAUUUUUAGCACCUACUGUCCUUCUAUUAAAGAUUAUUUACCAGAAACUUUGGGAAAAGGAGAUAGGUUGGGACCAAACUGCUCCAGCCGAAAUCCAGAAAUCAUGGAAGCUGGUGAUGACGAGCCUAAUCGAUUUCACCCAAUUGAAAAUUCCACGCUGGAUCGGAUUGUCAGAAAUGAUCAUCUCCCAUGAACUCCACGUUUUCGGAGACGCAUCAGAAGCAGCGUACGGAGCCGUAGCAUACGCACGACUUCAAAGGAGACACGAAGAACCGUACGUCGUCCUACUGACGAGCAAGACCAGAGUUGCACCACUACCCAAGAAAAAAGUAACUUUACCUCGGUUAGAAUUACUAAGCUCGCUUUUAGCCGUACGCCUAGGUGAAGUCGUCAAAACAGCAAUGCAAAUCCAGCAUUGGAGGACAAUUUACUGGUCGGACUCUUUAGUCUCACUAGGAUGGAUCAGAGGCGAACCAAACAAAUGGAAGCCAUUCGUUCGAAACCAAGUAGAAACGAUAAGAAAGUUCUCUCAGCCCGAGUGGUGGAGACACUGUCCAGGUCUCCAAAAUCCGGCCGAUCUUGCCUCGCGGGGGAGCGCCAGCGCCAACGCUGGUAACUUCAACUCUAUGGUGGAACGGCCCGAUCUGGCUCAAAGAAGAUGA